AUGCCUCCGCCAACGAGACCGCAAACAGCUCGGACAACGAGAACAGGAACGCCAACUGCUCGACGCAAACGGCCCGCUCCUACGCUACGACCUGGGACCGCUGCUGACAAUGCUGGUGAAGAGGACGACACACCAGUAUUAUCAUACCCAGCCCAGGAUGAGAACAAUGGCGGUUCACAACCAGACGAUAUGGUUGGUGAGGAGGACAAGAACAGUGUUGCGUUGACAUCGAAGAAGGCCUUAGAGCUUUUAGAGAAAGAUGGGCUGCUGACCCCGGCGCCCCCUACAACUUUUACCAGUCCGGCAUGGAAGGAGUUCAUGAUUUUGACAGAUCUCUUUGGGGAUGAAACGGCAUUCUGUGUCUGCAACACAAACCGAAAACGUCAGCGUACUCUUGACGAAUUCUCAACUGUGGCCCCGAAUCGUCCGACAAAGCACCGAGUGGCAGAAGGGUGUGUUCGCGUUUGCGUCAAUGACGGCCGUCCGUGUCAGUCUUUUGCUUCCGAAUCCAUGAAGGCGCUGUUCGAAAUUCUUCUUGAUAUUGGUAAGCGCAGUAAGGCGCGACUGAUUUUGGGCGGGCAAUACGGCUUGUUGCCUCAUCCCAUGACGCUUUCAAGAAAUAUUGUGAAGAUCCACAAACUCGCGCAGUUGGACCUCGCUGCGCUGUUACGGACUUUGUUGUUGGUCCCGAACGAUAGUAUGGCAGGUGCGCUGACUGCCGACUUGUGGGAAGAAAAGUACUCUCGAUUGCACUACUUAGGGCUGACAGUGCACUACGUUGAGGAAUUUGUUUUAAAAGUUCGCCGAUUUGCACUGCUCGACUUUGACUCCACUGCUACGCAUAGCGCCUCUAACAUCGAGAAUCAGUUUUGUGGGCUCUUUCGGGACCGUUUCACAAUACCAGUGGCCGAUAUCAGAGCCAUCUUCACCAGUGAUUCUGAAUCCGCGAUGCUUUCUUGCUUCAACGGGCUGCGCUGCGCCUGCCACAGACUGCAGACUGUGCUGAAAGACACGUUUGUGCACAAGGAUAGUGGUGUCCCAGCCCACAUCCGCACCAUCUUUGUAUGUGCGUCCAAUCUAGUUACAUACUUUCGAAAGUGUGGACAAGCUGCUGUACUCCCCUCGAUCUUGUAG